AUGCCCUCCUCCCCGCUAACAACCACCCUCAUCCAAUCCACCAUCCUCAACGCCAUCUCCAACAUCCUCGCCCAACUCAUCGACCAGCACCAGAACACCAACCCUUUCCGUUUCCACCUGAACCUACCCGCUCUCCUCCAGUUCAUCGUCUACGCGGUCAUCGUCGUCUUCCCAAACUUCUACUGGCAGCGGUACCUCGAGGCCCGCUGGCCGGGGUUUCCCCGCCGUCUGCGAUGGCGAUGGCGACGGAAAUGGAACUGGAAAUGGAAAUGGCCCUGGCAAUGGCAAUGGCAAUCGGAUCUCGCGUCUUCUAUCCACCACAACCACCACCGCGCUAACCUACCACUCAACCCGAUCCCAGCGUCAACGUCAACGUCAGCAGCAGCAGCAGCAGCAGCAGCGACGCUGAAAAUGCAAGAUGCCGUAAUCACGAUCAUCGACGAUACACACAUACCCCCUAGCACGACACUCAUCAAAGAUAAGCCGGUGCUAGCGAUUCCUCGGCGGUCCUGGUUCUGGUCGUCCCCAUCCCCAUCCCCAUCCCCCUCCUCCUCGGGGCUGUGCAACUUCGCGAUCAAGUUCAUGCUAGAUCAGACGGUUGGGUCGGUGGUCAACAUCGUGCUGUUUCUGGUGCUCAUUAGUUUGCUGAAAGGGGAUGGGUGGGGGCGGACGGUGGAGAUGGUUCAUGAGGACUUUGGGCCGAUUAUGCUGGCGCGGCUGUACUAUCGGCCUGUUGUCUCUGGGCUGCUGUUUACGGUGGUCCCUGUGGAUAGACGGGUGGUGUUUGGGAGUGCGUGUGGAGUGAUCUGGGGGGUGUAUUUGAGUCUGUAUGCGGCUGUUUAG